AUCGCCCUUAACUCCAAUUAUCUUAGCUCUAGGUAGUCCAAAAUUGAAAUCACAUUUAAAAUACUCCUCAAAUAACAAUAAACACAUAUUACCAAGUUUAACCUUGAAAAUGGAAGGCAUAUUCCAAGACAUUAAGCCAACUAUACGUUCGAUCUUGCUUGCAUUAGGUCGAAUAACAACAGAAAGACAGUUCCGAUCUGAAUAUUUUAAUCUUGAAGGUGAAUCAUUUAAUACAGUACUAAGAUCUGUCUCAAUGAAUUUCAUGGAAUUUAUGCGAUUGAUGCCUGAUAUUUGUCGUGUAUGGAUGAAUAAUCACGAAGUCGUGAUUCAACGAGUUUCUUCAGAGGAAACAAGCCACAUGGACUCUUUGACUAUUCAUGGACAUAAAAGAAGAGGAUCUUCUAGAAGAGCUAGACCUUUCAUCCGUCACUACAGACAGAAUAUAUUUCCUCAACCACCUCGAUUUACUUCUACGUAUCAUAAUAAUCUCGAAAAUCUUUCAAGAGCAUUUCCAAAACAUUUAAAUCAUAAAGACAUCAGAACGAGCAAAACUAUAACACAACAAAAAAAUAUAACCAUGCCAUCUUAUUCAUCUAACACACUAUUUAAGCCUAAUCAAAAUGUUCGAUUUACUGAUGGAAUGUUUGCUAACAGAACCAAAGUUAUGCCGGAAAAUAUUCCUACUCCAAUGUAUUCAACCAUAUCAAAUGAUGUGUAUCAUAAGGAAAAGGUUGAUUGUUCUUAUAAAUUUAAAAAUGACGCUAAGACUUCUGAAAACCUUAAGGGCCAAAUAAUUUCUCACAAACGUGAAAAUCUUGAUAUUAGUGAUGACUGGAGUGAUCUCGAAGAAACUUUCGAAAAUAUUGGAACUCAGUAUGAAUCACCUUUAAAUCAGAAAAAUGAAACCGUUACUAACAAAAUUAAUCAAAAUUAUUUAAUUGGAUCUCAAGAAGAUGACAAACUUGAAAAGUGCACAGAAAAAAUUCAAAGUAAUACAUCAAAUCAAUCAUCACAUACAGCUCUUUGUAAUUCAAACUCGUUAACGAAUUCACAUGAAGUUUUGUUUCAAAUUAGAAGUUUUUCUCUUAAUGAAUAUCAAUCCAAUAUUGCGGACUACAUUACCGAUUUCACUAAAAUUCCUCAACCGCUUGUUAAAAAGUUGAAUUACAGUCUUUUGAUAUCAAUUUGCUUAACCGUAAUCGACUCUCCUUCAUCCUUUGUCUUUCAAUUGAAUUCAAAAGAAUAUCAAAAUAUGAUGACAGAAAUGAACAUUCAUUACAACAAUAUGAAAAAUGACAAAGAACUUCAUAUAAUGAAAGUACUUCCGGAAAUGUUUGCAGCAGCUAUAAUUGACGGAACAUGGUAUCGUGUUGAGAUUCUUGUAGUAUCCCUUUUAAAAGAAACAGUGAUGGCUCGAUUAGUUGAUAUUGGAAUUACAAAGAGUGUUGAAAUCAAGGAUUUACGCCAUCUUCAUAAAAAAUUUUCAACUUCAUCUCAAAAAUCAUGCAAAGGCUCCAUGUUUCGUGUGAAGCCUAAACAUGGCAGUGUAUGGACUUCACAAGCCAUAUCUUUCUUUAGAGAAAAAAUCAAAUCUAAAACAGUAUUUGCGUUGAUUAAUAAUUAUGAUGGCUCUAUUUUUGAAUUAACAUUGGUGGAUGAUGUCAAGGAGGGAUCGGUUAUUACUGAUGUUUUAGUCAAAUCGGGAUAUGCAGAAAUAUUUCAUAAGCCAAUAAAACGUCUUCAAGCAAUUUUGAUUUGAAGUAAGAUAACGUUUCUGUUCGAUGCGACAAAGUUUAAUAACACUUAUCAAUAUACAUAUUAGAUUAUCAGAAGAUUAUCAAAAGCAGAUACUUUAAGAAUGUUCAAAACUUCAAUAAAAUGAAAUUUUCUAUACACAACAGAGAAAAUAAAAUACAAAUUUUUUCAAC